CAAUAGAGAGAAAUCCAAUUGAUAUGUUUUCUUAUUAUGGGAAGAAGAAUAUUCUAUUCAUAAGGUUUAUAUAUCAUAAUCGUUACUCUUACAAGUCAAAAGGAAGAAGAAGUAUUGUAUAUGCUUGGGGUAACUCGGACGGUGGUUGGACUGGUCAUUUGCCUAGUGAAGAAUAUGAAGACCACGUUUCAGGUGCUACUUCUGUAUAUCGACCCAAAAUAGUCGCAUCCUUACAAAAUAAAAGUAUUCGAGAUGUCGCUUGUGGUCAAGGAUUCACUUUAUUUGUUACUCAACAAGGCCAAGUGUAUUCUUCUGGUGUAGGUAGAUAUGGUCAGUUGGGUUUAGGUUCGUUGAAAGAAGUAGAAGGAAUCACUUUGAUUGAUUCCAUACCUGAAAAAGUAAUAACUUGUGCUGCGGGAGAUAGACAUUCCUUGUUUGUCACAGAACAAGGCCAUCUUUAUUCAUGUGGUUAUGGAAAGCGUGGAGAAUUAGGAUUAGGAACCAUUAGUCGACGUAUGGAAACUCCUCAACUAGUAGAAUCUUUGGCUAGAGAAGAGGAAAAAAUCAUCAAAGUUGCAGCGGGACAUGGAUUUUCUAUAGCUUUGUCGGAAUCUGGCAAGGUCUACAGUUUUGGUUCAGCAAACGAUGGACAUUUAGGACAUGGAGAAGUACCUGGUGGAAUUUUCUUAUGGGAACCAUUUCAUUCUCAUAGAAAUAUGGAAACGAGUCCUCGUUUGAUAAGAGCGUUAGAAAAGGAACAAAUGGAAUAUAUUUCAUGUGGUUCAGGACAUGCGUUUGCUAUCAAUAAGGAAGGUGUAGCUUUUGGUUGGGGUUGUGGUCGAUAUCACUGUUUUGCAACUGAUAAUGAAGUCAAUUGGGAACAACCUCAAGCCUUGUUUCAUCUUCCUGGUCCUUGGAAACAAAUAGUUUCUGGAGGAGCUCAUACUUUAGGACUUACAAAAGGAGGUCAAGUUUGGGCUUGGGGUGUUAACCAUUUUGGAUGUUUAGGUGUCGGAGAACAACGUACUUCUCCUGGAGAACCUCGAAUAGUAGAGAAACUAUUACAACAGGCAAAAGAACCUAUACAAUGGAUUGCAGCUGGAUGGUUCUUUUCUAUGGCUGUAGAUAGUGAAGGAUAUGUGUACAGUUGGGGACGUGGACAUGCCGGAGCACUUGGAACAGGAGAAGAAGAAGAUAAAUGGGAACCAGUUGCUAUUCAAAAUGAACAAGGAGAACCUCUUCAAGUGGAUCGAAUCUAUGCUGGAUUUAAUUAUGCCAUCGCAGUCAAAGAUGAAUAGAAAGAAAAAUGCAUUCUUCUUU